AUGGGACAGCCUCAAAUCCCUCCUACCCCCCCGGGCACCAGCCUGGCUGGAAAGACUAUAAUCAUCACUGGCGGCAAUGCUGGUCUGGGUUUCGAGGCUGCUCGCCAAUUCCUCAUAUUGAAAGCAUCUAGGGUCAUCAUCGCCGUUCGCUCUAAGUCUAAGGGCCAAGAGGCUGUGUCGGCUCUCAGAGCCAACCUCGAGGUCAAGAAAGCCAACCCCCACGCCACAAUCCAAGCCUUCGAGCUCGAUCUCGACGACUACGAGUCAGGAUUGCUGUUCGCCGAGAAAGUCAAGACAGAGGUCAAGGAGCUAGAUGUUCUCCUAUGCAAUGGGGGGGUGAACCUCAUGGAUUAUCAAAAAAGCAAGAGUGGCCACGAACGCGUCAUGCAAGCCCUUGAGCUCCUGCCCCUUCUUCAAGCUACUGCCGCCAUUCGAGGUACUCCGUCGCACCUCACAAUCGUCGGCUCUGCUACUCAGACCACGCACACAUUGACCAAGAAGCCUGUCAUUGCAUCAGGGACGGUGUUUGACCACUUUGAUAAUCAGAAGACCUACAGCGGCGUCACCCGCUACAGUGAUAGUAAAUUAACCGCCAAUGCCUUCGUUCGUGCCCUUUUCAGGCAUGUCCCCACUUCCGACGUCAUUGUGAACAAUCUUUGCCCUGGGUUAGUCGCUACCGGCUUCGAUAAACACCUUUCUGGCUGGUUAAAGCCAAUUAUGUUUGUCUACCGCAAGGUAGCAGCUAGGAAUGUCGAGGAGGGUGGUCGUACUCUGGUCUACGCGGCCACCUUGGCGGGAUCCGAGACUCACGGGCAAUUUCUCCAGCACAACAAGAUUGACCAGGGCGCAUCAUUUUUAGACCAGGAAGCUGGUUCAAACUUUAUCGAAAAGCUCUGGGCUGAGAUGGUUGGAGAGGCUACUAAGAUCGAUCCUAAGCUAAAAAAAUAUGUCUACCCUCGGCAAGCUGUCAUCUAA